CAAAAUGGUGAUCGAAAAUAAUAAUAAAGGAAAUGAUUGUGGAAAAUAAUAAAUGAGUCUUUGUCGAUUUCUUGAAAAUUAAAAAAAAAACGUACAGGUUAAAUCGAAAAACUACCAUAUUUCUUCGAAUAGUUUUCAAACUACAACAUUUUUCUAAUUAGUUUUAAGAUAAUUUCUCUUAUGCUCUACUAUGUAUUAUAUUCUUAUACAUUUAUUUUAAUUGGUUCUUCAUGUCAUAAACAAAUAGACGACGUGCACUCUCACUACUCAUUAAAAACAAAAAACAGAAGCAGCUUUCCCCAAUUUGAAGUUCUAAAAUCACAAGUUAAUUCUCUUUUUCUUCUCUUCAUCUUCAACUUUUCCAACUUAAAUACAUGAAAUUUCAAGCUAAUUCCUUAUGGGUUUUUUCAAGAUUACAAGUUUCCUCUUCUUCUUCCUCAUCCAAGCAAGCAUUGGAAUUGUCAAAUCCCAUAAGAUCGACCAGAUCAAUCCAGGCUUCAGAGCUUCUGCAUUAGAAUUCAACCAUACAAAUGGAGUUUUCCUCGUAUCAAAGAGCUCCAUUUUUGCUCUCGGCUUCAACGCCGGUGCCAACGACAACACAUUCUCACUCGGAAUCACACACAUUUUCAGUUCAAGAGUAAUUUGGACAGCGAACAGAGAUUUUCUGGUCAACGACUCUGCCUUUUUCGUGUUCAAUGAAACAGGAAACGUUUAUCUGGAUGUUUCCGACAAGAAUCAGAAUCCGAUUUGGUCGACUGAGACGGCCCAUGAUGGUGUCGUUUCAAUGCAGCUGUUGGAUUCUGGGAAUUUGGUUUUGAAGAACAAAAAUGGAAGUUUUAUUUGGCAGAGCUUCCAUUUUCCGACCGACACCCUUUUGCCCGGCCAGGUCUUUUGGGAAGGAUUGAAGCUCAAAAGUUACCCAAUUGACAACGGUCUCUCGAAUUUUUUAGAAUUCAAACAGGGCGAUUUGGUUCUUUCCGCUGGUUAUCAGAACCCCCAAAAUUAUUGGGCUCUGUCAAAUGAUAGCCGGAAAAUUCAGAGGGCCACCGCCGGUGGCAUUGGGUAUGUUCUGUUUGCGAUUUUGGAGUCGAAUUAUUGGAAUUUCUACGGCAAGAAAGGGGAAUUGUUAUGGGGUUUCAAAUUUUUCUGGCAAUCGAAUUGGAAAGACAGAUGGGUUUCUGUUUUAAACACCGAUGGAUCUAUUUCCUUUCUCAAUUUGGAAAACGGAAAAUUAGCAGAGCCGGAGCCAAUUCGAAUUCCAGCAGAAACUUGCGGCAUUCCAGAGCCUUGUGAUCCUCUUUUCAUCUGUUACUCCGAUAAUCAUUGCCAAUGCCCUGCGACGAUUCUCGACAAAAAAUUCAACUGUAAACUCCCUACAAUUCACUGUAAUGGCAGUUCCAAUUCUACCGAGCUUCUGUAUUUGGGGGAAAAUCUUAAUUAUUUCGCUCUUCGUUUCUCAACGCCUUUGUUCAACUCCGAUUUGAGCUCCUGCAAAAUGGCUUGCUCCCGUAAUUGCUCUUGUAAUGUGAUGUUCUACGAACCAGUUUCGAGAAAUUGUUACUUCUACGACGAAAUUGGAAGUUUACAGCGAUUAGAAGGGAGCUCUGGUGGGUACAUUUCUUAUGUGAAAACGAAGCUCCCCAUCGAUGGGGACAACAGCAAAACGAUCCAAUCUCCAAACAGAAGAAAACAUAUUGUACUUAUGAGUAUUCUUUUGGCAGCAAUGACUCUGGGCUUCAUGGGGUUGCUCUGUUUUUUAUUUUACCGCCGGAAAAUGAAGGAAUUGUUAAGCUCUAUUGAGGACGCAACAGAGGAAGAUAAGUAUCUUAACGAAAUCUCUGGUGCGCCAAUACGGUACAGCUACCGGCAGCUCCGGCGAGCAACGAGGAAUUUCUCAACGAAAAUCGGGGACGGUGGAUUCGGGUCGGUUUAUUUGGGAAAGAUGGGAGAUGGGUCGAGAUUGGCAGUGAAGAAAUUGGAGAGAAUUGGACAAGGAGGGAAAGAGUUUCGAGCAGAGGUGAGUUUGAUCGGCGGGAUUCACCAUGUGAAUCUGGUGAAGCUCAAGGGGUUCUGUUCGGAAAGUCUCCAUAGGCUUCUGGUUUAUGAGUAUAUGAGCAAUGGAUCAUUGGAUAAGUGGAUUUUCAAUAGGAAAGAAGAUGCUCUGUGGUUGGAUUGGGACACAAGAUUCAACAUCGCAUUGGGUACAGGGAGGGCGUUAGCGUACCUGCAUCAAGAAUGCGAAUCAAAGAUAAUCCACUGCGACAUAAAGCCUGAGAACGUCCUUUUGGAUCACAAUUUCACUCCCAAACUCUCCGAUUUCGGAAUGGCCAAAUUAAUGGACAAACAACACACCUCCAUCUUCACUCAGCUUCGCGGAACCAGAGGCUACGUCGCGCCGGAGUGGAUAACAACCCUCGCCAUCUCCGACAAGAGCGAUGUCUACAGCUACGGCAUGCUUCUUCUCGAGAUCAUCGCCGGCAGGAAGAGCUACGACGCCGAUCAACCGCCGGAGAUGGCGCAUCUCCCGUCCUACGCGGCCAGGAUGGUGGCGGAGCAGAAGGGGUUUCGGGUGUUGGACCCGAGAGUGGCGGCAGAGGCCGAGGGGGAUUGGCGGGUGGAGAUGCCGCCGUGUACGGCAGAGAUGGGGGCAAGUUUCUGGUGGAGUAGUGGUGGAUUGGGGUUGGGGGUGAACUUGAAUGGAUGGUUUAGUGAAGUGAGGUUGUCUGAUGUUCGAUUGUCGGGACCUAGAUAAAUCCUGAUGGAAAAUGAAAUGGUAUACAAAAUUAUGCAUAACUUGUGAUU